AUGUUGUUCACGUCGAGUCUUCGAAAAGCGGUCGACAUGUACCCGACGAAUGCGGGUGUGAUCAGUCAGACCGCCGAAGAAACACAUCGGCUUCUGCUCGAGAAACGCCGCAAACAAAUGAUUCGACGGCACACUUGUAGCGCAUUUAUUAAGCCGGCGGCCGAAAGUGUUCCGUCCCUUCCACCGCCUCGUGUUGUUCAUUUCAAUGCCACAAUUGAAGAGGAAGAGCCGAAACCAGUCGCUCCAUCUGCGCCGCCGCCGCCGCCGACAUCGUUUUCCGCUGCGGAACCGACCAGUAGCCGACCGUAUGAUGAUUGGGGAGCUGCUCCGUUUGUGCCAGCUGGAGUUGCAGCUCAACCAGCUCAACCAGCACCGCCUGCGCAGCAAUUCACUGGGCAUGCUCCUUCGUCGGUCUAUAGUCAACAGAACGAUGACUUCGAUGACGAAUGGACGGACGAGGACGAAGAGCAGAAUGCGCAUCGCCUCUCGGUUCAAGAUCCUUCGGCGAUAUCGUCACAUGUGUUGAAUUCUCGAGCGUCUGGUUCUCGAACCGAUCUCUCGAUUGCGGAAACUGAUUCGUCGGGUCCUGGCUCGAAAUCGAGAAAUGGUAGCAUCCCGCGGCCGCGUCGAAUUAGUCGUCAGGAUUCGAUUCGAUCGCGACGACGUCGAAGCGAGGAUCAAAAUGCUCGAAGGCGAAUCGAGAAGAGUGUAACGGCACCUGAUGUGCCGCGCGAAAUUGAAAAUCAUUUCAAGGUUUUAAUCGAGCCAAAUCGCGCAUCAGCGGUGUCGUCGUCGAACUAUUCGUCGGUUUCGCGUCGCGAUUUGAGUCGCAGUCAUUCCGAGCAUGGCACCGAUCGCGGCUCGAACAAGGUCAACAAGAGCAUCAAUCGAUUCUCGAACUUUGUCAAAUCGGGAAUGGAGGCGUACGUUAUCGGCGAAUCGAAAUAUUCGUCGCCUCCCAGUGAGAAACAUGAGAUUGUGUCGAUUAAUGGAAUUAUUCAAUGGAAGCCAAUUCAGCAAUAUUAUCACUGUAUUGUCGACAAACCCAAAAAGGAAUCGAAAUUGAAGGGAUUGAAGAGCUUCAUCGCUUAUUCGAUCACUUCAAGUUUGACGAAUAUCCAGGUCUCGCGACGCUAUAAGCAUUUCGAUUGGCUUCAUGAGCAGCUUUCUGCCAAGUACUCAAUGAUUCCGAUACCGCCACUUCCGGAAAAGCAAGUUGCCGGAAGAUAUGAGGAAGACCUUAUCGAUCAUCGUAAGCAUAUUCUUCAACUCUGGGUCAACAAGAUUUGUCGUCAUCCGGUUCUUAGUCAAUCCGAGGUUUGGCUGCAUUUUAUCAGUGCAACCGAUGAGAAAGAUUGGAAACACGGCAAAAGAAGGGCGGAGAAAGAUGAAUAUGUCGGCGGUCACUUUUUCAAUUCGAUUACUGUUCCGCAACAGCCACUUGAUACCCGUUUAUUGGAUGGACAGGUUGAGAGAUUCUUGAAAAGCGUGAAGACAUCGGAGGAAGCAAUGCGCGUCAUGCAGGAGAGAAUGGUCAUCUUCCAGAAAGCGUUUGCUGGACCCGUAAAACAGAAUUGGCAGAAAAUGGGAGCCGCAUUCAAAACUCUUCAACAGUCGUUUGAAAUUGACGAAACACCGUCUAGCACUAAACUGACGGACGCUCUUGCGCAGACUGCCAGUCAGUACUAUGAUAUUGGGCAAUUGUUCGAUGCUCACACGAAAAAUGAUAUGGAGCCAGUGCUUGAAAGCCUUUAUUCGUACAAGGGAACCGUUCAGAAUGUGCCGGAUAUCUUGCACGUUCAUAAGCAAGCUGUGCAAAAAUUCCGUGAAUCUGAAGGAAGACUGUCGGCGGCUGAAGCUGACAAAAUGAGGCAACGCGUGGAUGCCAUCAGCUAUGCAGUUCUUGCUGAAAUUCAUCAUCAGACUCAGGAAAAGGCCGAGGACAUGAAAAACACAAUGGGAACAUAUCUAAAGAAGCAGGCAGCAUUCUACCAAGACGUCGCCGUCAAACUGAGCGCCUUAUCGUCGAGAAUGGAAUCUUAG